AUGUUACGCCUCACUAGGCGACAGCAAUUUGGAUACCAUAAAAAUGUCAUCGACCACUAUGAACAGCCGAGAAACGUAGGCUCGCUUGAGAAGGACGAUCCAAAUGUCGGCACAGGCCUUGUUGGUGCUCCAGCCUGCGGCGAUGUAAUGAAGCUGCAAAUAAAGGUGGACGAGCUGAGCGGACGCAUAACGGAUGUCAAGUUCAAGACUUUUGGAUGCGGCUCCGCCAUCGCUUCGUCCUCUCUUGCAACCGAGCUUAUCAAGGGACAGCGUCUAGAUGACGCUGUCAAGAUCAAGAAUACCGACAUUGCACGAGAGCUCUCGCUUCCACCGGUAAAGCUGCAUUGUUCCAUGCUUGCUGAGGACGCAAUACGAACUGCCGUGGAGGAUUACCGCAGAAAAAAGGCGACCUCUUGCUGCCAACCCGAUACCAUCAAUAAAUAG